UCGUGAUGUGUCAGUCUGUAAUCGUCUUUGGACUUGGCAUAAACCAGAAUGCUCUGUAAUCUGGGGUGGAAAUAAACCUAUAACCCAAUAAACGUUAGCUUGCGGACAUCUUCAAAACCAUCUUCGGGAGAUUGAGACUCUCCCAUUUGGUUUUUACGUUUGAAUUUUUUGAGCUGGUGGAGCGGUAUGCCCCGCGGUCAACCCCACAGCCCCAUCUUCCGCUCGUACAAACGCCAGAGGAUCAAGAAUAUCACCCACAAGGACAACUGGAAAUAGUGGAAACCAUAAAUUACUUUUUCUUACUCGACAAUUCCCGUUAUUUCAUAUUUUUUUCUCAAGAGAAAAAAAAUUUGGAGAAAUUUCAGGAGACAUAAUCUGCCGCUAUUUUCAUAAGGAAAGGAUUUUUAUCGAGAAGUAUCGAAUUUCCAAUAUCGGAUUGCAAAUGGGAAUUAUCAAGAAUCUUCUGUUCGGGAAAUACCUAAUCAUUACAAAUACGGUGAGUUGCGGUGUAAUGAUGGGAGUGGGAGACGCAAUCCAGCAGAAAUCAGACAGCUUAAAGCGGAAAUUCUUUACUGGAUCAGACGCAUCUGAGAAUGAGGAAUUACCGAUGUCUUGUCCGUACAAUUAUGCAGAAGUAGAAAGAGAUGGUGGUAUAAUUCUCGCCAGUACAUCAGAGCGAGAAAAUUCAGAGGAUUCCUUGGAUUCCAUCAGAAUCAGAAACAUGUUUGCAGUUGGAACCGCUCAAGGCCCAUUCCACCAUUAUUUCUAUGCCAUUCUGGAUAAAGUUUUACCUGGAAGAAAUGCUGGCUCCAUCGUGAAGAAAACUGUUCUGGACCAAGCAAUCGCUAGUCCGACAUGUCUCGCUAUUUUCUUCUUUGGACACGGGGCGUUGGAGCAGAGGGAAAAUGAGGACGUAUUUGAGGAGAUUCGUGAGAAGUUCUUCACCACUUAUAAAGUGGAUUGUUGUUUCUGGCCACCAACUCAGAUGAUCAACUUUCUCCUUGUACCCGUUCAAUACCGGGUUAUCUACGUUAACGUCAUGAAUAUCGUUUAUGAUAUUUUUUUGUCCUAUGCUAAAUACGAGUGCGAAUGAUUUUGCUGUGGAAAAACCUUUGAUGGCAAAAUACAAGAUUACAGUAGUAGAGGCUGCAUGUGCCAAAUUAGCCAUUCAAGGACUACAUUCAGAAUGUGAAUAACAGAAAAAAAUUUUUAUAUUUUUAAUAAAGUGAUUGUUAAAUUCAA